AUGACUCCGGAGAAGAGAAAGUGGAUUCAAAAGGUUAUUGUAUUCGCGCUUAUUUUGGAUUUAUUUGCAUUUACAAUCCCACUCCCACUAUUCCCCCGACUUAUUGAUUGGUACACUCGCAAAGAAAGUGAUAGCGCACUCCUAGCUGUGAUAUUAAGAAGGAUCAAUAGGUUCAGGCAGAAGGUUGCCCCUCAUGCGGUGCAACGCAAGUGGGAUGUAGUCUUGCUUGGGGGGCUCAUGGGGUCACUUUUCAGCUCGCUUCAAUUUUUCAUAUCACCUUAUAUCGGAAGUCUAUCCGACAAGUAUGGUAGGAAACGCGUUUUGUUGGUUAGCAUGAUAGGGAACAUUUUGUCUGCGAUUGUUUGGAUUCAAUCCACCUCGUUUGCCUCGUUCUUACUUGCACGUGCUAUCGGGGGUAUCAGUGAAGGAAAUGUUCAACUUUCUAUCGCUAUGUUAUCUGACAUCACGCCUCCAUCCCGCCGUUCGGCUGCGUUGAUGUUUGUUGGUAUCGCAUUUUCAAUCUGUUUCACUAUUGGGCCUCCAAUCGGUGCAUAUUUCUCGAUCCAUCCUUUUCCUCUUUCGUUCGCUCGCGACAUGAACAUUUACGCUACACCUGCGAUUUUGACUCUCAUCCUUUUGCUAGUCGAGACUGCUUUUCUUGCCGUCUAUUUACCAGAAACUCGAGGCGCUGCUGCUGUUGAGGAAGAGGGUGACGAGACCGUCCGAAACAGGUACAAGAAGCUUCCACUAGGGGAAAGAAGGGCCUUGCUCAAGCGUCUGGGAGACCUUCAUUUCUCAUUUCUCAGUCUAUUCUCGGGGGUAGAAUUUACACUUACAUUCCUUACCUUCGAUCUUCUGGACUGGAACAACUCACAAAAUGGGCGCCUCCUUGGACUCAUUGGCGUGUUCUCUGCUCUUCUCCAGGGUGGAUACGUUCGACGAGCUACGUCCAAGGUCGGCGAAUCUGCGUUUGCCAGAAGAGGUAUGGUGAGCUGUGCAGGAGCCAUGAUUAUCCUAUCAAUGAUCCCGCACAUGGUGCGUGGUACUGGGAACGGCAAAGUUACCUCAACAGACAUACGUACUGCUGUUGGGUUGCUUCAUGCAGCGGCUGCAUUACUAUCGUUCACCAGUGCAACAGUCGUAACAUCCCUAACUGCCCUGGCAUCUCUGCAAUGCGACGAAGAGACUCCAAAAAGUAGACACUCAGCUACCUCCAGCUCUUCAUCCAAUCCUAAACCUGAACAAAACGUGGCUGAAAGUGCCGUCAAGACUUCCCCAGGGUCUGGCGGAUCGUUACAUGCGCAAUUAAAGUCGCCUGUUUCCAAAGGGAGAGUGGCUUCAGCAAUGACCAGCCGUGGUGCACCAACAUUAGCAAGUGAAACACAACCACAGUCUGUUCAUAGCAAUAUAACCCCAGUAAAUAAUUCGGAUGUAAUAUCCACUGGCCGUGCGCUAGGAGAGUUCCGCUCUUCUGGUCAACUUGGACGAGCUAUUGGUCCACUCCUAGCCUGCUUGGCAUACUGGACAGUUGGUCCCUCUGUGACCUAUUCUGCGACGGCUCUUGCAAUGUGUGCCUUGGUUUGGCGUACCGGCACUGUCAUGAGCAAGCUGAAGCGAGUCGAUGCCCGAUCACAAUGA